AUGACAAAUUCAUCCAGAGAUACAGCAUUUUAUUCACCACCGCCAUCAAAUGUUGGAUAUGAAAACUCACUUAAUAUGAAUACAACUCGUCCUUUAGCUUCAUUAUCACAACAUGAUAUUCAAAAAAUGAAAUAUAAAAUUGAUCUUGAUAAACAAUUAGCUGAACAAAAACAACGAAAUACUCUCGAAUGGGAAACAAAACUUGAACGAGAUAAAAAAUAUGCAAAACAACAAGCAGUAUUUGGAAGACAUGAUUAUAGUACUCCUAUUAAAAAACAAGAUUUAGAACAAAUUGUAUCACAAAGCACUCAACCAAUACCACUUUUAUUAAGGAAACCUGAGCAAUUAUCACUUCAUUAUCAACAAUUAAAUGUACCUAAUGGAAUUAAUAAUUUAUUACAACAAUCAACAGAUAAAAAUUCUUCUCAAUAUUCACCUAGAACAAUACAAUCUUCAACCUCUCAAAAUAAUGUUCCUGAUUUUCAUCGUCUAUACGGAACAACUACUUAUGGUAAUAAAAGUUCAUCUCAUGUUUCAUCAUCAACUGCACAGCCAGUUAAAGGCGAUGCACAUGAUCCAUUUAUGUCCUUUGAUCCAAAUAAGGAACCACAACAAGUUUUUAAUCUUAUUCCUCAACAAAAUUUAUAUGAACCUUGGGGUCGUCCUGGUGCCGGUGCUCCUUUAGUUCAUCAACAUACUGGACAAAAAUUUACAAGAUAUGCUGGUAGUUUAGAAGAAAAAUUAAAUACAGUUGGUCCACUUAGUUUGUACCGAAAUCAAUAUUAUAGUGAAAGUAUAGAUGAACAAAAACGUGAUGCUCAAAUACAACAAAAACGUCGAGAAGAAGAACUAAUGGAACGACGAUUAAAUGAUGGUGGUACUGCUGGUUGGAUAGCUCAAUUAGAAGGUGGUCAUUAUCCAUUAAAAUUUCAUAAACCAACAACACAAAUAACUCGUCACAAUACUGGUACACAAGAUACUCAUAGUCCUGAAGAAAUUCGUACAAUACGAAAUGAUCUUGCUCAACAAGCAGAACAACGAGCUCGAUUACAACAAAUUGCUCGUCAAGAAGAUAAUAUUGCUGACUUACAACAUACUGAAACUCAAAGUGGUUGGUGGGGAAAAGAUGGUGCUCGUGCAACAAAAACUCAACCUCGUCGAUUUAAUGCUCUACAUGCUCUUCAUAAUUCACAAUCGGUGCGGUCAACAAAUAGUUUCAAUCAAACAAACCCAAAUGAUAAUAAACCAUCACUUCCAGUGAGAUAUUAUGAUACUCAUUUUCAAUAUCCAAAAGCAAAUUUCGUUUCCAAACAUACUAAUUUUUAUCAAUUAUCUGAUCGUAACAAUACUUGA